CGUCCGCGUUGCAGCUCUCACUUUCUCCCGCCGCAGUAUGUCCGACAAUGACAUAUUUGGUGGGGAUUGGCAGCCAACAAUAGGAUUGGAUUGGGACUAAAUCAAAGAAUAAAACGAUAUUGAAAUGAAUAUUAUUAACAAAUAUUUCCCAGAAGAUUUUGGGUUCAACCUAAGGCUGACUAGGACAGAUCAAUCAACUUGAUCCGACACAGUAGGCCUACAUGUCAUACGCAAGUAAACCCACAAGAGAGACAAUAUUGCAAAGGCAGGACCAUGUUCGAUGGAAGGCGUAGGGGUAGGCAAUCGAAAACGUUUGACGGGGAAAUUUCUGUCAAUAUUAGCUAGUCCUACUGAGUGGGCAAGUAACCUUUCCCGCGCUCUUCCUAAAAAUACUAUGUGUGAUGUCAUAAAGGUCUAACGUUCCAUGACGUAGCAUGUAGCCCUAAAUUACAGUCCCUGCCUGCAAUAUUGUCCUCACUCUCGACCUGAACUCAACUUGAAUAACCAACACAGACAAGGACAUGCUUUAUGAGAUAUGAAAUAGCUUGAAUGGAUGAAGAAAAGGUAAUCUAAAUUACUUCAUACAAUAUUGGGGGAAAGUAAAAAAGGGUAAAGCAAUCUAAGCGGAUAUUUCUUGUAAAAAGCUAUAACAUAUUGUAAAGCAAAUGUACCAUUCUUUAUAAAGUCACCAGCUUAGCUCUGAUAUGGCUGUAGCUCUAUUUAUGAUGUCCUCUGCACAGAUCUACUCUGACAUUGACAUAUUAUUACUUAUUGGAAUGUCUGUCCUCCAGGUAGCACAGAGGGAGGAUGGUGAUCCUCAGAGGGAAGGAAAGGAAGUUGUUGAGGAAGAACCGGUGGCCACGCCCAAAGAGGAGGCCAAGAAGGGAAGGAAGGCAAAAAGGAAGAGGAGUGGCAAGAAGUCAAGGAAGCUGGGCACUGACAACGAUGCAGUCUCCAGGAAUAAACACCUGGAUAGAGGAUCUGUAAUUGAGCUCCUGGAGAAGAAAGCUGUUAAGGCUGCAUUCGGCCCAGGCAACAAGGAUGAGAUGGAAUACUCCUACCCAAUCCUCAUCUCAUUCCUGCGCAAUCUUACUGAUGAGCAGUGGCAAGUGAUCUACAAAGGACUAAAAAACCCUAUGACGAAGGAACAGCUUGCCAAAUUGUGCAAGACAAUUGUAACCUUCAUCGCACAGACCACCCUGCAGAUCCUGCUGCCAGCCCUGGCCCGCGUACUUGGGGUAAAGGACUUUGCUGACAACGACACUGACUCACCCAAGAGGGGUGGCAGUGCAAGAUCCUUUGCUGCCUUUGAUCAGGAAAGACUGGAGCUCAUCCAGGAAGUUAGAUAUCUGGCGAAGAAAAUGUAUAAGGGCGGCACAGGGGCUCAACAUCUCAGGUCCCUAACACCCUCUUCUAAGAGUUCCCAGACCUCAGUGAAAGUCCACCUGGGAAUGACAGAGGACAGAAUCAUCAAAAGUGUCCAGGAGCAACUGUCUGAUCAUAAUAUCCUGUCCUCUUGCCCACCUGAGCUGACUGUUGGUCUUAUCAAGGUGGUGGUCGAACAGCUUAACUCUGCCCUCUCUGCGACCAUCAGCAGAGCCAUUUCAGGGCAGUCCUCCCCUAUUUCUUCUGGUAACCAGGCCGCUGAACAAAUGGUCAACAUGGUCCAGAAAUGUUUUGAUGAUCACACCUCUGUAUUAGAGUCAUGCAUUCCACCUGCAACAGAAGAGGUGAUGACUGUUAUCGCAGAGAUGGUGGGUGAAUUGGAAAAAGAAGAUCCGGAAUUGGCUAAGGUUUUUCGAGAAGUGGCUGUGAAAGUUAAAAUGUUGGCAUCUGGCAGUGACCUUGUAGUAGAGCACCUGGAUGUUGAAGACUCUCCUGUUCCAGAGGAGCUGAACAUAAUAUGUACAUCUUGCAAAGCAAUGAUGCAAAAUCUUGGCACUCUGUUUAGUGUGAAGUUCAAGACCAAAGCCUCAAAGGCUGUGAGUGAAAUUCUUGUGAGAAGGUUAAUGAGCGAUAUCUCUGGUAUGGUUCAACCUUCUCAUUCGUUUAGUACCACUCCAAGCUUGAUGAAUGCAUCUAGCCACUCUGACAGGAUCCUUGAUUCUGCGGCCACUGAGCUCAUACAGACCAAAGUAGAAUCUGAGGCAUCAAAAAUAAUUGAUAACUUUGUUGAAGAUGUCAAGGACAUUGUGCAGUAUGCUGAAUUAGAUCAGCCAACAAGCACCCAGAGAGAUACCCAAGUGGGACACUGUACGACAAAGCGGAAACCCUUCCAUGCAGCUCGUAGACUCUGCGAGAGACUUCAGGCAAAGCUGGAGACAUUAUUCCUCAGAAUGGGUGGAGCUCCAGUCCAAGGGGAAGAACUUAUGGAAAAAGCUGACUCCAGUGCUGUGCUUCUGGAGCAUACUGACUCCAGUGAUCUGCCUGUUUCAAUCCUGAGCUUGCCUUCCCCAUGUAGGAGUGAAUCCCCUAUAUCAGAACGUAGUUCAUCUUCUUUAUCUGAUGGAUGUGAUUCAACUGACUCUGUAGGAGAGAAAACACCAGAGCAACCUGAAACCAGUAAGAGUGAGGCAAUACUGCAAGUGGUCAACUCAACAGGACUUGGUUCUCUCCGUAAAUGCCAAAGUGAGAACUCUCAACCAUUACUGUCUCUCUGUGAUUCCAACAUGGUGCCCUGCACCAAAGAGGUCUUGUCCCAGAUUGUGACCAUGUAUAGGUCAGAGGUGGCAGAUUUGGAAUGCACAUCAUCUGUUGCAGAGGGUUCCUCUUACAACUCCCUUGAAGUCUGUGGCUUUUUGGACAGUGUCAUGUCUUAUCUAGAAGACAUGCCUGUGUCUGGUUCUUUGUGGUUGGAAGGAUUAAGAGAUACUCCAGCCUCAGUCAUUGAGAAACUCUCCAGUGAGGAGUUCCAGAUGAACGCUACCAACGAAGUGCGAAAAAUACUGAUCAAAUCAGUCAGUAGCUUUCCCAGCAAAGUCAGUUCCAGCCAGACAGAUUCUCAGAUGUUGCCAGCAAAAUCAACAAUUUUCCUUAAGGCAUACAGAUAUAACUGCUUUUGA